UCGGGAGGGGCGCACGCCGGGGAGGGGGCGGAGCGGCCAUUGUCCGGUCAGCGCAGCCUCCGGGGGAGGGAACGGUGUUACGGAGACAGCAGGGUCCGGGGCUUCACAGCGGCCGCUGCGACUCCGGAGCCGGCGGGGGCCUCCGGUCCUUCCCCGCGCCACCGCACGGGACAUCUCUCUGGCUGGGGAGCGGCGGUGGGAGCUGCCGAAGGCGUCUGUGUCCCUCCUCCCCCGCGGUCCUCGGUGCGUCCGCACGCCCCUCCUCCUCGGCUCCCUCCUUCUUCUCUCCGCGCCUCUCCGCCCCCCCCGUCUCCGCAGGCCGAGUGGUGCGGCCCGCCUCCAGCUGACCGGCCUGGAAUCCCGGCUCCGAGCCCCGGACUCGCGCCCGCCCGCGCGCCCGCUCCUUCCCCCUCCCCCCGCCCGGAGCCCCCCGACGCCGCCGCCACCGCCUCCUCAGAGCGGGGCCCGGGCCCAGCCGCCGCCACCGCUGCCGCCGCCGAGCUCCGCCGCCGCCGAGCACCAUGGGAGACGCUGGGAGCGAGCGCAGCAAAGCGCCCAGCCUGCCGCCUCGCUGUCCCUGCGGCUUCUGGGGGUCCAGCAAGACUAUGAAUCUCUGUUCCAAAUGCUUUGCUGAUUUUCAAAAGAAACAGCCAGACGAUGAUUCCGCUCCAAGUACAAGUAACAGCCAAUCAGAUUUGUUUUCCGAAGAGACCACCAGUGACAACAACAAUACCUCGAUAACCACGCCAACUCUUAGUCCCAGCCAGCAGCCGCUUCCGACAGAACUGAAUGUAACUUCACCGAGUAAAGAGGAGUGUGGGCCAUGCACAGACACAGCUCAUGUCUCAUUAAUCACACCAACAAAAAGAUCCUGUGGUACAGAUUCACAGUCUGAGAAUGAGGCUUCACCAGUAAAACGGCCACGACUACUGGAGAAUACGGAACGGUCUGAGGAAACCAGUCGAUCUAAACAGAAGAGUCGACGUCGGUGCUUCCAGUGCCAAACCAAACUGGAGCUGGUGCAGCAGGAAUUGGGAUCGUGUCGCUGCGGUUACGUGUUCUGUAUGUUACAUCGCCUCCCCGAGCAGCACGACUGCACAUUCGACCACAUGGGCCGUGGCCGGGAGGAAGCUAUCAUGAAAAUGGUGAAGCUGGACCGGAAAGUGGGGCGCUCCUGCCAGCGCAUCGGGGAGGGGUGCUCCUGAAGGCCAGGCAUGGCCACCACAUGACGCUGUUCUUAGUUCACUAAUGUUAGCCUUAUUUAGGACAAAGUCAGCCAGACACCUUGUACUGGGCACGCGUCAGACUGCAGCCAGUCCGUUUCCUUUCUUUAGCCAGCCAUCCUGGUACUGUAGUUUAGGGGUUGAUGGUGGUUGAAAUUGAUUUCUGGCUGGUUACUAAGGUGCCUGCUAGCCAUUGUAUAAAAUUAAAACAUGAAGAAUAUUUUUUUUUGAGCAUGGCUAGUGGAUUUAAAACAACACAUACCUGUCACUGCUGGAGUCAAACUUAUAAAAAGCCUUAAGUGGAAAGUGUUCCAGACGGAGACUCUGAGUUAAUAGAGGAGUAGAAGCUGGUGUUAAAGUCCCCACGACGCACAUGGCUUUGCCAGAAACUCUGUUUAAUGUUCGGCCUUUCACCUCUUCACUUAUCCUUAGUCCCAGUAGCCAGGAUACCUGAUGGCCAUGUGUGCCUUGGCCACAGGAGGCUGCUGAGAUUGGCCACGUGGCUGGGCUGGGUGGUGGCCUCACUCUCCCACAGAGCUGGAAAUGGGGGGUGGGGGACAGAUUCUUACGGAAAUUUUUUUACCUGACUUGCUAUGAAAAAACUCAUCACACGAAGAGAAACAGUAACCUCACUUUGAAAAUUAGCUCCACUCAAGACUAGUCCACGAACGAGACCCGCCUUUUCUACACAGGAUCCAAGGUCACGAGAAGCAGCCAGAGUGCCCCGCCCCCGCCGGCUCUGGUCUGCCAUUCGCCAGUGCAGGGAUCUGGCACGGACCAGAUGCGGCAAAUGGCAGCACAGCGCGGUGGCCGGGUCUGCGCACUGGCCUCUGCAGCCAGAUUUCUAUAUUGGGAGUUUUUUAAAAAGACAUUUCAUAGCCAACAAGAAUCAGUAGAAGUGCUGGGAGCAGCAGCUGGGGAAGCUGCCGCCCACGGGCUCUGCCCCUUCCAGCUGGAGCCGCCCGUGCCUCCAGGGGCCAAGAGGAUGAUGUCGUGGCCUCCAUUCUUGUUUCUAUGCAGCCCCGUAGUCCAAGGACACCCAGUCCACAUCUACCACAUAGCAAGUUUAGUAAGGGAAGGCAGCAUACGUCCCAGGGACAGUGGGUUUGGAUCUGUCUAGAACAGCGGUUUGUGGCUGUGGUCCAGCUCUGAGAGUGAUAUUUGCUCUGGUGGGUGAGGGCCUGAGGGUACAUUUCUCCACCUGUGCCCCCUCAUGUUCACAGAGGAGUUCAGCAGCUGCAACUGUGCACGCCAGGUGGGGAAGGGUGGGGGUGGGCCUGGUUGCCCCAUGUUAGGAAAUCACUACCAGUCAGGUGGGGCUGGGACUGGGUGGACAGGAUCAGGAUUCCCUUGAAAGCCCAGGCAGGGUGAGCAGUCCCAGUGGUCCUAGUGCCGCAUCUGAUCCAGGUGGGUGAGGGCAGGAGGCCCCUGCAGAGGCAGCGUGGAUCUGCCCACACAUAGGCUACUGGAAUAGUUUAACCCAGCAAAUUUCCUUUUUAUAAAACAACAAAUGGUUCAACUCUGUCUGCAAAUUAACAGCUGAACACCUGCAACUGCAAAUGUUUUUUGAUCGGACGUACUGAAAUAGGAAGUCAUGCUCUUCCCACCCUCCACCCACCAGAGUGGAACCCGCUGCAAAAUCCCCAGCCUUAAUUUUUGCUUCAGGACCCAGACCGGUGUCUUGCUCUAGGGCAGCCCAGGGCAGAGGGGCCAGGUCUGCCCAGCGUUUACCACUGCUGUCAAGCCACAGCCCUUGGCCACCAUACGGGCCAUCCUCAGUGAGGCAGCCCCGCACAGGCCUCCGCCAAGCUCUGGUCCCGAAGAGGCUGUGCGAGCCCUUCCCGGCCCUCCCCAGGCCCCGUCCGCUGCCUGCUGCAUGGAGGCAGCCAUGGGAAGGAGCCCUGGGGAGCUGGCCUGGGGGAGCGAAGCCCAUGUUCGCUUCCCGACUUAGAGCUGGGGGGGGUGGGGGGGUGGGGCUUGUUCCCCUGCAGUAUCUGUUCUGUGAAGUUUGUUAAAUGUAAGGAAAGCUUAAAUUCUUGUAUCUUUAAAAGAGAAAAUCUUAUUUAACCCUUUUGUGUUCUAGAUUUACUUACACACAUAGCCUAGAGCUCAGUUUUAGUUUUAACAUUGUGAAAAUAUUAAAAGAAUCUUGUAACUUUAUUCUUUUUUUCUCCUGCUGAAAAAAAAAAAAAUUAAACCAAUCGUAUGAAA